CAUAACUCUAAACAAAAUCGUAUAGUACACACACCCCACAAGCCCCUAUUGAAACAUAAAAGUCAAAUUUCCCUAGUUAUAAAUUCUUUACAUUUAUUCCAAAUUCAAUAAAUUUUCUCAGUGAACGAACCAAAGAGAGGAACGAUGAGUGCGGACGAAUGCAAAUUGAAGUCCAGCGUCUACGAGGAGCUGACGCAUCGCAGCCUCAAGCGGCAGCUGGAAAGGAAUGGCACAAUGGCGGACCUACGCAGCGGAUUGCAUGUGAAAAUAAUCAAGAUGAUCCAAGAAAAUCUAGGUGGCAGACCAAAUGAGCCUUUGGCGGGACCAGAGGCAGUUCAAGGCAAGGAUCAGGGUUUGUCGCCACUCAUCAAUCAACUGAUGAUGGAGUACUUUGAAUGGUUCGGCUAUAGGCAUACGCUGGAAACAUUCAAGAUGGAGACGGGUCAGCAGUUCGCAUCGCGCAAGGAGAUUGAACUGGUCCAAUCCCUGCAUUUACAUUCGAGUGAUGUUCCCAUUUUGGUGCAAUUAAUAUUGCGACAACAGGGUGGUAAUCUGCCAGAGAAAAAGAACUGUCCAAGGAAGAACAUUAAGGUGGCCCCAAAGAAGAUUGUGAAGCAGCCACUGCCAGAGAAAUCCAUUAAGCUCUCACUGCCAGAGAAAUCUAUGAAACGUUCACUGCCAGAGAAAUCCAUGAAGCUCCCACCACCAGAAAAAUCGAUAAAGAACCAAAGAACCAGAGAGAAAUUGGGCCGUAAGCUGCAAAUACCAGAGAAUUCGAUACCCGAACGUUGCACCAAACUGAAAGAAAGGCUUGAGACUAUGCGAACCCUCAAAGAAACAGCCAAAACGGAUUGGAAUACCCCAGUACCCAAAUUGGUACAAAACAAUCGAAAACUCAUCGAUAAAAAGUUCGAAAGCCAUUUAAAAAAAUCCACCGUGGUCAAGACUCAAAUGAAAGAGAAUCCAAAAUCAUCUUUUCACAUUCCAAAGGAGUCGCCGGAGAGUAGGCCCCCAGCCAAUAGCUCCGAGUCCGAUGAGCUUCCCAGUUACGAUGAACAUAGCGAUACCUCUUCAGAUAUACCCGAUAGACACUACUACGUUGAGCUGGAGCCACCGGAGGUCGAAUACGCCCACGGACAUGGCGAGGAGGGGCCCUACAUGGCCAAGCAGACCAAGGCCGAGACUCUGUUUCAACAGUAUCGGCAAGACGAACCUAUCGACUCAUCGAAAGCCAUUAACCAACAAAAAUCAAUGACUUCCAGGCAGCCACCAAUGAAAAAACCAUCGAUAACAUUCACAAAGAAAUCAGCUGUCAAACGUAAGGCCUUUGAAAUUCCCGAGCUCUUUGUCACGACGCCACCGGACAAUAAAGAGCCGAGGAGUGUCCGCGAGGGUCUAAAUAUAAAUCUGAGCAAAUUUAUGGGCACCAAAAACAAGAUCUCCUCUGCUCAGAGCACCCCUAAGAAGAGUCCGCUGUGGAAUAAGAUUGAGGUCGAGGAGGACGAACCAAAUCUGAUAGUCAGCAAGCCACCGUGUCCGGAUACCCACAUCAAUGGCGUUGAACUUGAUAGCAGCUCAGAGAGCAAUGAGGAUGGUGGCUACACCGGAGACGAGGCUAGCGAUGAUGAGGAUCAGUAGAUUUUAAUGGAGAUCUCUGGGGUUGAGAUCCAAACGAUGGCAAAUCUCUUUUAUUGCAAAUUUAUAAACAUUUUGUCUAGAUUUAUUUAAUUUUUGCAUUUUAGAAUGUAAAGAAUGAUCCAAACGAUGGCAAAUCUCUUUUAUUCCAAAUUUAUAAACAUUUUUUUCUAGAUUUAUUUAAUUUUUGCAUUUUAGAAUGUAAAACGU